GCAAAGCCAGGCGCGACGCGAGCCCGGCCGCGCCGGCGACGCGGUUGAGGUGCGUGAAGUGGUGCGCGCGGAAAUGUGUGGCGGCGCAGCGGGACCCGUUUGAAGCUCCUGCCGCAGCGCCGACGACGUACAGGGUGGCGGAAGCGCGGGCCGCCGUGCUGGCGCCGGGCGGCCGUCGAGGGAAAGGCGAGUCUCCAAAAAAAGUGGCACCCGCUGGCAGAUGUUAUGCAGAUGCGCCGGGACUUUUCCGAGCGACAGUCUACAGACUUGGCCAGUUGCUUGGUGUCCAACUGAACAGAGCGAGGACGUUUGGGCCAGCUUCGCCAGUCGGAGGGAGUGCCAGUUAGUUUACUCAAUGAGCAAACUAUGCGGGACUGGUGACCUCGAGCUAGGGGGGGCGCCUCAUGGACGGCCGGAAGCGGGCGGCGGGCAUGCCGAAUCACGUGGCCAAAAGCCCCGCAGCGGAGCACAUUCGCCCGGAGCCGCCGCCCCCGAAGCGGUUGCCGAAAGACGUGGAGCCUAUUCCCGGGCCAUCUACCGAGAAGCGGGCCGCCCGGGCGAGAACGGGCCCGCGGGGCUGUUCCAGGUGUGGGGCGCGCAGCUUCGGAGCCGGCUCAGGGCGCGACCCGGCGGGCCAUCCGGCCGGAGCCGCAGGCACGCAGGGG